AUGGGCAUCCCCAUAUGCAUCACACUCGCACAAAUCGCGACGAUCAAGCGACUUAUCAGUCGCUUAGUGGCGACUUCUGAAGCUACCGUACCGACAUGCAGUCUUGAGCUUCGCCGAAAUAGCCAUCAGCAGGAGCGAGUUCUGCCUCCAACUCGACACCAGCCUGUCCUGAGAUACACGGAUCGCGCUGCCAGCGUGACGCCGGCACGGGUGUGUUACUCCAUCGGCUGUUCGGGCGAGCAGGAUUUGCAACCAGCCCGUCCCUUCAACUUCGCACCGGAAGCCUCUCGCGCAGCAAAAUCAGCCCUCUACAUGUUCACGUACGCUACAAAGGGCUGUACACCUGCACCUGUUCUCCACGUGCAUUCGUUUAACAUGAUUCAGGCCGCGGGACCCUCGACUCGAAGCGAGAUCCCUGCAGUAGCAGCGCACGACAUCAUGAAGUUGAACUUGUCUCCGCCCUCGAAGCACCUGUCCUGCCCGACGCACCUGGCCUGCGUGACGCCAGGAUUCGAUACACGUACUGCCGCACUGCAACAACCACUUGCCCGUAUUACGUGUCUGGAUUCUGGUGCAAGAGUUUGGUGGGGCACCUCCAAUACCCCUGAGCUUGAGGAGCAACUUGAAGUCGAGGAAAAGAGCAAGACACCACCUGCGCAGAAAGAGCUUGACUUCGAUUUGAUCGUUCCCACGCCCUUGUAG